AUGAACAACCCAUCAGCUCAGACUCCACGCGGUCUGGAAGACCAGUUACGCACCAUGAUAUUGAGCAACGUCACAGUAUCAAAUGACUCACAAAGUCGUGGUCAACCGGCCGCUCGUGGCCAACCGCACGCUCGUGGCCAACCGCAUGCUCGUGGUGGCUCUGUUGAUGGACCCUGGAAGUUUUCUGGCCCUCCCCCUUCAGCCUUCACUCCGCAGUCUCCGCAGAGUCCCUUGACACCCAGGACCAAUCGGGGCGGGCAGCAACAGGGUCCUUCAGUAGCACAUGGGCCUUCUGCAUUUAGUGGUCCCCAGAUCCUACAGAGGCCUCGGAGCAUACAGGACCCAUUACAUACGCCUGGUCCUGGAUUCCAAGCCCCCAGACAGAAUUACCACCCAAAUAUGAACUACACCAAUGGUAACAAUUACCAGGCACAAUGUCAGUAUCUGGAUCGAGUAGCUACUGCAGAAAUCCACCAAGUAGAGAUGGCUCCUGAAGAAGGUUCACUCAAAGAAGCUUUCAGGGCCAAAGUAGAGUCUCUCUGUCAAUCAGCUCUCCAAGAAGGCUAUUCUGGGGACAUGUCAAGCAUUGAGCUCCGUUGCUUUGGCAGUCUGAGUUCUGGAUUUGCAACAAAAGGCUCAGAUGUAGACCUAGCCAUCGUUCCGUCCUGGAAUUCGUCUUCCAAAACUACGAGUGGCCUGCGAGUGAUAGAUCGAGCCAUUCCACGCCUUUUGGAGAAGAAGCUCCUCGACAGCGGUUACGGCGCUCGCUUACUCACUCGAACACGUGUGCCUAUCUUGAAAGUAUGCGAAUUACCAAUACCGGAACUGUACGCAGCGUUAUGUGAAGAGAGAAAGAAUUGGGAUGAGCUAUCAGAAGAGGAAAAGUAUCCGCCGCCACCAACUCCUGGAAUUCCAGGUACAAAUCCCAAAGGAGGUAACAAACCCACAGGUCAAAAGCCCAACGACGAGAACAGGAACCCGAAUAAGACUUCGCAACUUGGCAGACCCGCUCAUAGCGUAGGCACAUCCUUAGAGGGCAAGACUGCUUUAGAUUCGGCCGACGGGAAAAGGAAUGAUUCAAAUGCGUAUUCACAGCGACGUUUCGACACACCUUGGCUUCGAGAAAAGGCUCUGGGACCUUUAGACUUCCCAAAGUCAGGAGUAGGCAUCCAAUCCGACAUCAAUUUCGAAAACCCUCUAGCGCUCCACAACACCACACUUCUGCGCUGCUACUGCCACUGCGAUCCCCGAAUCCGCCCAAUGGUCCUCUUCGUCAAAGCCUGGGCCAAACGCCGCAAAAUCAACUCCAGUUACUCCGGCACGCUCUCCAGCUACGGCUACGUCCUCAUGGUCCUCCACUACCUCGUCAACGUCGCCAACCCACCCGUAUGCCCCAACCUCCAACUAGCCUGGAACCCCGCCCAGGAGAACGCCGACCCAGCAAAAGCGCUCGCAGACACCCUCAUCAACGGCUACGAAGUUCGCUUCUGGCGCGAUGAGGCCGCCAUCAAGCGCGAAGCCUCCCAAGGCAAGCUCACCACAAACCGCCAACCCCUCGGCGCCCUCCUCCGCGGCUUCUUCCAAUACUACGCCACCCCGGGCUACGGCGUCCGCAGCUUCAACUGGAUGAACGAGGUCCUCUCGCUCCGCACGCAAGGCGGCAUCCAAACCAAGCAGAUGAAGGGCUGGACGGGCGCGAAGUCGACGCUUAUGGACGGCAGGGAGGUCAGGCAUCGGUAUCUCUUCGCCAUCGAGGACCCGUUUGAGUGGGACCAUAACGUUGCGCGCACCGUCACCCACAACGGCAUCGUGGCUAUCAGGGAUGAGUUUCGCAGGGCGUGGCGCAUCAUUUCGGCGAUUGGGUUAGGCAUUCAACCCGAGGGGGAGCUGCUUGAGGCGGUGGUCGAAAUGCAGCCGAUUAAAUCCCCGCCGCCGACUCUGCCGCCUUCUAAGGUCGAGACGGCGGAGAGCUUGGGUGAUUUGAUUAAGCAGGUCGGUGAGGAGGGUGGCUGGUAGGGCGGCGGGCACUCGGGUGCUAAUGUCUGUAUGAUUUUCUCUAGUGUCUCUUUGGGUCAACGCAUGUUUCGGUGUCUAUGUUUCUCCUUUGCGGGCUGGGAGCGGCAGGCUUUUGUUUAGUCAGAACCGCCUAUCUGGCUGUAUCAGCUCUGCAGCCAUACGAGUCCUACCAGGCCUCGAUACUUCGAUGACAGGGUCGGGUUCUGAUUAGAUCUGCGCCUGCUACGUAGACGGGUGCGGCCAGUUUGAUGUCUUGGCUUGUCCGAAGAGCGAUUAAAAGCCUGGUACGGUGGCUAGACUCGAUAUACUUUCGGAUUGGUAGAGAAUGGAUCAUUCCGAGGCAAAGUUUCACGUCUGGAUUCUUUGUGUGAUAGGAUGGGGAGAUGAAGAGCCAUCACCAAUUGAGCCUGUAGGUAGGCCAUCGUAAUCGUAUUGACCUGCCAGCUUUUAUGCCAGACUUGCUCCUGUGGAUC